AUGGACAAUCUCCGGGAGAAGGGGUGGAAGGUCACAAAAAUGGCCGCCGCCACUAGAGUCGUGAUCCAGGCUGUGCGGCCUCAUGCUCCUCUAAUAAAAUUCCCCAAUCGUCUGGGUGUUCCAAGGCCUAAGGGUGAGUUUUUAAUUUUAGCAAAUAAUCCACAACUAAUGCUUGCUGGUGCAAAUGCUAAGUGCUCAAUGCUAGUAUCGAUGUCCAUUUCAGUCCAGGAAGCACUGAAAAUAGCAGCCCCUCCGCAAUCCAGUGGGACCCACAGUUUACCACAGUCUGUAGCAUCAACACCGAGGCCAGUGGCAGUGGCGAGUGUAGCCUCCCCGAGCCGCGACGCCACCCCUCCGGACACUGCCGCCACUGCCAAGGCCCUUCCUCAGAAGUACCGCAGGAGGACACUAGCUGUUGAGGAGAUGGACUACAUCCAGCGUGGCGGACCAGAGUGACCCUUAGAAGUACUUGAUUAUGAAUUGGGCAAAUCAGUGGCUCUUCUUUUUCUGAAUGUUUUUCCACACAGUGUGCUUGCUACAUUAGUUUUUUUGUAUAUUUUACUGGGUCUUUGGUGGGAAAAGUGCUAAAAUAUUGGGGGUUGAUGGGAGAUUACGUCCAGAGUUCAUCAUCCAUUUUCCACUGAGAUGUGGACUCGAUGUUCCAUCAUUAUGCCUGCUACAUUUUGUUCUGUUACCCUGUUGAACACAACUGAGAAUUAAAGCUCUAUUAAUAAUGGGAACAUCAACCUUUUAUCUUUAGAUCAUUUUGUUUGUGAUCUCUGUUGUCGCAAGUUAUGAGGUUGUAUUACAACUUGAAUUUUCAAGUUCAAACUAUGUUCUGAAUCAGUUGUGUCCUAGUAAGAAAUGUCUGAAAUGAAGCUGUACGUGUAAGGUUGUAUAGUUCUGUGUAUGAUCACUUUGGAGUGAUUAAAACUGAAUUAUGUCAAUACUCAUACUGUUGAAUUUCUGUUAGAUAUUAGCUCUUUACACGAUUCUGUCAGGACCUGGAAUGAAGGUAAGAACUCAACAUGUGUGUGGAAAAGCAAAGGGAAGCUGGAUAUUUUGCACAGUUUGGUCUUGAAUUAUGGAAACUGUAUUAAGUUGUCAUGUCUGGGGCCUUCAGAGAAUAUUGUAUUUAAGUCAGAAUAAAUUCAUUAAACUUUGCACUGGGGUUUGCAAUGACUGACACAUUUUUCAUACAGUCAAGACAAUAUACAUCUCACUAUUUGAAAGCCACAAUUGUCUUACCCUGAGGUCAAAAGAAAAAAAUCUGUAAGUCUAAUUGUUGUGUUAUAUGAUACCAUAAUUUUCUUGAUAUAAUUGCUAUGAACAGCUGUGACAUGUUGUAAAACAAUA